CUUAAAUAUAGAUUAAAAAAUAUAUUUACUUUUAUUAUAAUAGGUUGUAUUAAUAAAUACAAAUGAUUUUGAUGCUUAUUAUUACAUUGGCUCUCUUUAAAACGGGGCAUAGUUUACCUCACCACCACAUCUUCAAAGAUUUAGAUCCUCUCCUAGUUUAUGAUAAUGAAGUAGCAGGAAAUUCUAACAAUUUGACUAUAAAAGCAGACAAAGGUGUCAAAGUAGAAGAAUACGCUAUUUUCAAACCCGGUAAAAACCCAGACCAGGGAGUACUGGAAGUGAAUGGCACCUAUGAAUAUUUAGAUGAGGAAGGGAACGAAGUACAAUAUUUUUAUGAAUACAACAAGAACAUACAAAAUGGUCCAAACUUUUUUACCCCAUCUCCUCCCAUACCACCAGCUUUUAAGACACUUUACGAAUUGUUAAAAAUUCCAGAAGAAAAUCAACAGAAGGUUGUAAGUGGAUUUUCUAAAUAAACAUUUUAUUUG